UCUCUUCUAGUUCCCUUGGAGAAAAAAAAUACAGGGAGAGAGAGGAGGAGGGGAGGAGGAGAAGAGUGAGGAUGAGGGAGGAGCGUAGCUGCACUGAGGCUGAGCCCUCUAUGUCUGAGAACACUGAGUGGAGCAGACGGCAGUAGCCACACAAACACUCUUCUCUCAGUUACAUGCACAGUCACACACAUCACUUGCACCGCUGCCACUGCACAAACACACAGACAGUGACGGCUGCCAGGCACAGUGGGAACCAAGCCGUCAGGGACAGAGCUCGUGAAAAAAGAGCGGCAUCGCAGAAGGGAAGAGAAGAAAAGAGAGUUGGAAGAGGCACCUUGAGGAUCAGAGGGGAUUUUCCUCAGUGUGAGUGCAUGUCUGGAUUAGACUGCUUCUUCUUGAGUGAGAGUUUUUUUUUUUUAUCUUUUGCUCAUCCUCCACGCUGGAGUCCAGUGCUAUCUACCUAUCUGCUCCCGGAGCUUAACAAAAGAGGGAGUGAGUGAGAGUGAGUAGGAAAAAAGCAGUCACAGCUUCAGCUCCAGACCACCCUCCUUCUCCUACUCUUCCCUCCAGCUCCACAUCCAAGUGCGAGUUGAUCACUGACUUUGGAGGAUACAAUACAGGAUGGUGUUUGUUCCCCCGGAUGCAGCCGAGCUUCUCGUGGGAUCAGGGUCUUGUUUGGAGUGAGGGCUAGGAUCAGGAGAAAACAGAUCCACAGCCAAAAAAGGAAAAGAAAGACAGCGACAGCAGAGAAACACGACCAACUGAAGGGGCAUCUGCAGGGCAGCAGAGAGAAGAAAAGAUUGAGUGUGCUUUUUAGAGCAGAGACUGCGAGGAACCGGCAACCAGAUCCCAUCCACUCCUCCCUCCUCCUCUCUUUGCUCUCUUCCUCUUCCCCCUCCUUAACAUUCACUCUGUCCUGUUGUCCAAUCCCUUCUAUUGUUUCCUGUAUUACCACUUCCUAUCCUCAUAUUAUGCUUUGUUGGUCUUCCUUCACCCCAUCUUGCCCUCUACUUAAACCCUAACUGUGUUGCACCUCUGGAUUCUUUCUGCUUUUUGGUACAAACAACCAGACUUUUUUCUGAGCAGCUUGGCAAGUUUUUUAUCUUGGCAUCUUUGACUCUUUGGAACAGAUCAUCAAAAAAGAUGCAGGCUAGAACCUCAGUGUGAUUGUUUCUCUCCUGUAAGCUUCCAUCUCCAACCACCGGGACCUCCAGUUUGAUUCCAGCUACAUGGGCAAGCGUUUGGAGCAGCACCAAAUGUACCCCCAGUACACAUAUUACUACCCCCACUACCUUCAGACCAAGCAGUCGUAUGCUCCACCCCCUCCAUCUAUGGCACCGCCCAGCCCCAGCACCACAGGAGGUGGAGGCCAGGGAGGAGGGAUGGCGGAACAGCUCAGUAAGACCAACCUGUACAUCAGAGGCCUACCACCAUUCACCACAGACCAGGAUCUCAUCAAACUCUGUCAGCCAUAUGGGAAAAUUGUUUCUACAAAGGCAAUUCUGGACAAGAACACCAAUCAGUGCAAAGGUUAUGGUUUUGUGGACUUUGACAACCCUUCAGCUGCACAGAAAGCUGUGACCUCACUUAAAGCCAGUGGAGUACAGGCACAGAUGGCGAAGCAACAAGAACAGGACCCCACCAACCUGUACAUCUCCAACUUGCCUGUGUCAAUGGAUGAGCAGGAGCUGGAGAAUAUGCUGAAACCAUUCGGUCAUGUCAUUUCAACACGGAUAUUGAGGGAUGCCAACGGACUAAGCAGAGGGGUUGGCUUUGCCAGGAUGGAGUCAACAGAGAAGUGUGAUGUGGUGAUUCAAAAUUUCAAUGGAAAAUUCUUGAAAACUCCUCCAGGAAUGACAGCCCCCGCGGAGCCGUUGCUUUGCAAGUUUGCUGACGGAGGCCAAAAGAAGAGGCAGACUCAGGUCAAAUAUUCACAGAACGGACGACCAUGGAUGCGAGAAGGAGAGAAUGGGAUGGCGCUGACAUAUGAUCCAGCCACAAUACAAAAUGGGUUCUAUUCAUCACCAUACAGCAUCUCUACCAAUCGGAUGAUUGCCCAGACGUCAAUCACACCCUUCAUUGCUGCCUCGCCUGUUUCCACAUAUCAGGUUCAGAGUACAUCUUGGAUGCCACAUCAACCUUACGUUAUGCAACCAACAGGUGCUGUGAUUGCACCGUCUGCGUCAAUAGAGCCCAGCUUGUCUCUUCACCCUUCUGGCAUCAUGGCUCCCCUUACCCAGCAGAUGAACCAUUUGUCCUUGGGAACAACCGGGACUUACAUGCCUGCUGCAGCAGCUGCUCCUAUGCAAGGAACCUACAUUCCCCAGUACACUGCAGUGCCUGCUUCUGCCAUCACAGUGGAAGGCGUGGUGACGGACUCAUCUGCACAGACAGCCACCCCUUCUUUGCAAGACAACAGUGGGCAGCAGCCUUUAUCAGUGGAUAACACAGGAGAACACGGCACUGCCUACUCUUACCAGCAGACAAAAUAACAACCUGAUUGCUGACUUGCCUUGUGAAGGACUGCACUGACAGAGAGCCAACCAAACAGGGACACAUUGAGGUCGCAUGGACAACAUGACAGACAGCGAAUUCUUCCGCUGUGUUGAGACACUAAAUAAAGCUUUUUUUAUAUCACUAAUUGAACCAAGAAAAUGACACAAGACCAUCAUUUCUGAACUUAAAGACUAAAGAUCAUGGAGUUGACCAUUUCUCCCAGAGAGACUGGACUUUGCCUUCCAAAGGAAUACAAAAAAAGAAGACAAAGACUGAAAUGUCAAUUAACAUGCUGUACAGAAAAGAAAAACAUUUGAAUGUGCAGGUAGAUUUUCAGAUUUUUCUAUUUAAAAAAAAAAAAAAGGAAGCAAAGACAAACUAGAAAAGAUUGUCUUCCUUUUAUAUUCAGCAAAAUUGGAUGUAAAAAGUGUACACCCUUGGUCAAUUGCCACGUUUUUUUUUAUAUCAGACCAAAAUAUUUUCCACCAUGAAUCUGAUCUAUGACUUGUACAACUCAAAACUAAUAAUAAGAUAUAUCAUCACCUGAGAUAAUGUGGUUGCACAACCCCUUAGAACUAGGGAUGUGGCUGUGUUCAAAAUUAAGCAGUCAUAUUCAAACACUCAUUGUAAAUUGGGUCAUUGCUCACCUGCCAAUAUUUUAAGUGCCUCUGAUUUACCACAAUGAAGGUGUUCUUGUAGGCUUUUUAGUAGUAGUGUGCUUACCAUUGUUUUAUUUUUAUGGUAGGUGGGGGUACAUACUGGAGUUUCAAAAGUUGAUUUGCAGACACAACACCAAUAAUUAAUCCUCUAAAGCAGUGAUCCCCAACCACCGGGGCGCGGAUCAGUACUUGUCCGUGGCGCAUUUGCUAUUAGGUUGCAGAGAAAUAAUAAAUCAUUUGUUAACGACCUCAAUCUGGCCUGUAAUUGUGGCCUUGACGCAUCAAUAUUCCAUACACACACACAUACACAUAGCCAUACAGUGUAUGUCUAUGUGUAUGUGUGUAUACAGUAUAAACACAGACUGUAUAUUCUAUCUUCUUUUGACAGCUUGUCCAAGUCCGUUUUGUAAUCACUGUUUCUUUCGUGAACGCAUUUGAAUGCAUUACACGGAAGGCAGAGGGUGGUGACGCUCUGCAUUUACGAGUAAUCGCCGAGUUGCGAUUGAAGUCUUGAGAAAACGAAAAAGAAAGUCUAACAUCGUUACUUGGGUUGUUACAAUUGUUUGGCAGUUGUGCACUCACCACAAGGAAAAUAACAAAUAAAAACACCGCUUAUAUUUCCUGGAAUAGGAAACCACAAUAGGGAACGACCAGGGGGACGUGUCAGUAACAGUGGCCCAGACAGGCGGAGCCUUUCGAGGCGGUCUUUCGUGAGUCUCGCUCUCCUGGAAGUGGCUACAAUUUGACAGUCCAAAAAGUCACGAAAGUGAAGCGCCUGUGUGACUUGGGGUACCACGCGGUUCCCUUUCGUGGUUUAAUUUUCCCCUAUGUAUUUUUUAUAAGCUCCAGUUCGCUCGGCAUCGAGUUGGGAGGGGCCAACCCCGCCACUGGCUGAGUGGUGAUUUAACGCACGAGGCGGUCUCGCCAAUCUUCGCACGACCCGACUUGAAGCAUGUUAUUGCGACGCGCAUUUGAAGUGUCCAAGAUUAAUGUGCGGAUGUGCCAUGUGCUAAUCAUAGCUGGUUCAUGUCAAGCGAGCCGGCGGGUUCAACAUUUAAAAUGAUUGGUUGGCAGAGAGCCAUAUGCGCUCAUCAAAAGAGCCUUAUAUGGCUCGCAAGACACAGGUUCACGACCCCUGCUAUAGACUAAUCCGAGUAAAGCUUUGUGUAGGUCGCCAUCUAGUGGUUGGCCGCAAUUACUGGUGUGUUUGCACACUUAUAGCAGCCCAGAGCCUGUCAAUGUAGACAGUACCUUUAGCUGCUGUUGGAUGUGUGCUGCGGGCGGUGACAUCUUUGGACAACUUUUCUAUGGGGAAAAGACCGCCUGCUGAGCCAGAAGAGGAGCCUACAACCUAGUCCAUUCUGCAUAAUAUGUGACCAAAAGCUAGAAAACGAGGCAACAGAAGCAAAUGCACUGAAAGCAUCAUACCUCAUGGUGAACCGUAUUGCUAAACCCAAGAAACCUCAUUACGCUUGCGACCACAGAUAUUUGAGAGGUUGCUGUUAAAAAAAAGGUUGAUUCAAUGAAUGGGGAGUGACAUUUUCCCUGCACUUUAUCUUCAUUUUUAGCCCUCCUGUCAUGUUAUUUUAUAUUUACUGUCAUUUUCUGCCACACAUUGCCGGUCCGCAAAAAAAAAAAAAAAAAAAAAAACACUCAUUACACCGGUCCGUGGUGCAAAAAAGGUUGGGGACCACUGCUCUAAAGAACCUAAUUUCUACAGUGAAGUUGAACAACCACAUUAUUUCAGUUUUUUACUCUCUUAGAUUUUUUUUUUUUUUAAGUUGUGUUUCAUAAGGUUAAAGGUAACAAAAUUAUAGGGAAAAACAACUGAAAUUAUCUCGAUCAAUUUCUUAUCCCCCAAAAAACCUGGUGCAGGGUGUGAAAACAUUUUAUAUCCAGUGUACUGUACAUCAAUUCCAUCCUUUUUAUCGUUUGAGUCCUUUUUCUACAGUAUCUAAGUUUACAUAUGUCUUUCUUGCCUUAUUUUUUUUAUCAAAGUUGGGAAACCAUUUUCAUUGUGUUGAACUAGAGAAAAAGUGAGUAUGAAUGUGUGUACAUCUUUGUGGGGAAUCACAGAGAUUAUACUGUACAGGACUUGUUGUAUUUGUUUGAAGAUGAUUCUAAACCAUGUGGUGCAACUAAGCUGACAUUGACACGUGGAGAGAUUCAGUCAACUUCCGUUUAUUGAUGUACAUUAUUUUUACAGUCAUGGACGAAAUUAUUGGCACCCCUGCAAUUUUUCCAGAAAAUACAGUUUCUCCCAGACAUUAACACAGUUAAGAGGCAGCAAAACAACCCCAAAACAUAAUUGGACCUCCACCAUGUUUGUCUACAGGCACUGUGUUCUUUUCUUUGUAGGCCUCAUUAAUUUUUCUGGCAUUCCGUGCCUUGACAGUGUGCAAGGAGUCAUGAAAUCUGGAGAGGAAACUAUCAAAAUGUUUUGUGUCGCAAUGUAAGGUGUAGUGUCAGAAAAUUGGGUCUGCAUCAGAGGUCAUCUGUAACAGGACAAUGACCCAAACCAUACCACAAAUAGCACCAAGAAACAGUUGGAGAUAAAGUGCUGGAGAUUUCUGAGGUGGCCAUCGAUGAGUCCAGAUCUAAAUCCUAUUGAGCACUAUGGAGAGAUCUCAAAAUUCCUGUUGCAAGAAGGUACCCUUUAAAUCUGAGAGAUCUGAAACAGUUCACAAAAGAGGACUGGUCCAAAAUUCCAUCAGAGAGGUGCAAGAAACUUGUUGGUGGUCAUAAGAAGCGAUUGCUUUCUGUUAUUUCUUCCAAAGGAUGUACAACCAUAUAUUGAGGUAAGGGUGCCCACAACUUUGUCCAGCCUAUUUUUUGAGUUUUGUCUAAAGUUGUGUCAAUUUUGAAUUUCCUCCCCUGCAGUUUUGGGUUUUUCCAAUGCGCUUCCAAGAAAUUAAUGCAUUCAGACAGAAAACAUUUGUAAUUGCUUUAAUUUCUGUGAGAAAUGCUGUAUUUUCUGGAAAAAAUCCAGGAGUGCCAAUAAUUUCAUUCAUGACUAUGUCUUAUAUUUUCUCUCUCUAAAAAAAAAAAAAACAUGAAAAAACAUUUUGUCUCAUAUACAUGUCACGCCUCAAACAAAAAGCUAACAGAGAGAGAAUUUCUGACUUUGUGACAAAGCAGAAAUUAUUAAGAGAAAAAGCAAUAGAUGUCAUAAAAAUGCUGUUUUUCAGUGUUGAACCUGCAGCCUGCAAGUGGCAUAUUUUAUACCAAAGAUGAAGAAAACAGCUAAGAAGAUCUCUUCAUUUUGUGGCUUUUUCCUUAUUCUUUUACCACUGAAACUAAAUGUGCAUGCCAUGGGCGAUCAUUUUGUCCAACGGUUUCUAUUAGGACUACGUUGCAUCGAACUGGCUUUCUAACCAACUGGUCGAUAUAAACACAUGAAUGUUCACAGGUCAGGAGCUUUCAGUCCUGUGGAAUAAAAUGGCUGAUUUGCCAAGUGGUUUGAAUAGUACACAGACAUGGUGUCAGAAGAUGUGUACACUAAUCAAAUUUACUGUAAAAUAUAAAAAUUUAAAUGCAGUAGCUGUACUUUGGGGCCACGCGGUUGCGGCCAAUCUCAUUUUCCAACCAUAAGCCAUCAUCAAUAUGAACAGUUUGUAUCAAAAAGGGCAUUUUUACAUUGAACCAUAUAAGCUGGUGCGUAAAACUAAUUUUGCCUGUUUUUUUUUAAUUUUUUUUUUUUUUAUUGAGUAUCAAUGUUUGAGCUGCUAAACAUCUUAUAUGCCUGGGGCUGUCUCUAGUGGAUGCGGAAGAAUUUCCACUUUCAGAAUGUCCACCAAUGUAAGUUAUUCCAGCCAGAAUUAACCUUUUCAAUUUCGGAGAACAAAUGAAGAACAAAUGUCAAACCCCUCCUCGAAGGAAGAUCAAGUCACAAUGUGAAGAAAACCACCAAAUCAAACCCAAAUCAAGCAGAUACAAACAAAUCAAAAUGGUAUGGUAUCUGAUUUCAUGUAAAGCUUGAACAUUGAACUUGAAUUUUUUAAAAGCAGAGAGGGUUCAAGAAAACUACAUCUUUGACAACACGUUUUUAUUUGUUUGGUAACAUGCCCUUCAUUAAAUUGUGGAUCAGCGAGUCUAUGUAGAGUCAGUGGAUAUUGCCGUAAAUUUCUUUUUUUUUCUUUCAUACAAAUCUUUCAAUAAAAAAAUCAACUCUCCUUGGUGUGUAUUGUGCAGGUAUCAUUUUGAACCGCUAGAGGACAGUGUUGCUGCUGCACGGUUUUUGGAGAAAGAUUUGCAAUCAUUUUUAAAGAAAUAGAUCACACACAAUUUGUUGUCACAUUUAUUAUAUGGUCAGACUAACAUAACAAACCUUGAUGACUGAUGUCAUGGUCGUUGCAUUGUAUUUUCCAGGCAUGCAAAAU